AGGUCCAGCUCCCUUGAUUUUGUUUUGCUCUGAAAGGAUACUGUGGCUUUUGUAAAGGGAGAGAAAAGGCCAAGGAGGUUACUUAAUAGACUAGCGUAAGAGUAGCGGAAAAUCAGCAGCCAUGACUCCAGUAAGAGGAAUGCGACAAGUAUGCCCAAAAUGAGCUGCGACAGACUGACGGCCAGAAUAUCUUGCGUCGCCCGGGAAAAGUUUUUGGAGUUGUCCCUGAACACUCAACUUUUUAUGAUUUGCACUUUGGAGUCAUCUUUUAAUAUUUUUUUUCAGCGUCAUUUGAUUUGAGUGCUUACUAACCAUCACAGGGACAUUUUCAUCUUACUGGAAACAUCUGAUAUUGUACGGACUGUUAGUUUAUCCUAUUAAACCAAAGACAUGGGGCCAAAACAGAGCUGUCCAGCUGAGAGUGGUCGGGUCAGGGCGUAUUCAAGUUCAGAUGUCCCAUCGUCUCGCGGUAACGGAUCGGAUGGACCUGCUUUGCUUAGGUACUAUAAUGGACGCACGUCGGGAGAUCAGCAAAUUCAUUCAGGGGGACGAUUCCCUGCUGGCAAUAGACCUAAUUCACUUGUUCAGUCAGCUGUCAUACAGACUAGUCGUGGGAGCCGUAGCCAACGCGAUCACUCAGACGGAGAAAGAAACGGGGAACCUCGACUCCUGAUAGGGUCUUUGCCAGCACAUCUCUCGCCUCACCUGCUUGGAGCUGGCUUCCACUGUCCUGUAUGCUCAAAGUAUGUCUCCUCAAAUGAAGUGGACUCACAUCUCAUCAUGUGCCUCACCAAACCUAGACUUACGUAUAACGAUGACGUUUUGACAAAAGACUCUGGAGAAUGUUCGAUAUGUUUGGAUGAUAUGGUCCAGGGGGACACCAUCGCCAGAUUGCCUUGUCUUUGCAUCUAUCACAAAGGGUGUAUUGAUGAGUGGUUUGAAGUAAACAGAUCUUGUCCAGAACACCCACUGGAUUAAAGAACUAGAGAUUGCUGUGUAAGGUUGACAACAUGUUUGAGGACAAUCCAUUUUAAACACAGUCCAGGCCCAAGUCUUCCUCAUCUCACGUCUAUGCCAAAGGAUUAUUAAAAUCAAAUCUCAGGAAUCCUUUUCUUUACUUUGCACUGCUUCUGUGUGAAGGAAAAACACACAUCAGUGGCCACUAUAUACUCACCAUAUAUACUGUGUGUGUGUGUUAGACUGCCGUAGCUUGUCCUUCAGGCUGACUUCAGUGAAGGAAACAGACAGAAUAAUGUUCACCAAAGACUGUGAUUCGUAGAACUGGAGUGUAGGAAAUAGUGUUAAGGGCAUUGAUGUUAUGAUAGCCAAGAUGUCCCAAUUAUUAGGUUCUUCUUCAGGAUGUUUUUUACACGUACGUUAAGGGAAGUGCGUUUUCACUUUCACAUUACUCAGUAACAGUACAAAAGGACAACCACUCCUGUAACCUUUUAUAUCUUGCAAAGCACAAUUGUGGAAUCUUUUUUCAAGUUUCCAUUUUUUAAAAAAAAGUCAUUCGGUGGGUCUCCUGAAUGUCGGCCUAUUUUUCAGCGUUGUAGAUCUUAGAGUAAAUGGUACAAAAAGUGCCAUUUUGUUAACGUGCUGCUAAUAUAUAAGCAAUACUCACAAAUGAAAUAUUUUUAACCAAAGAAUCAAAGAUUUUAUUGUGAUAUUGUGACUUGUUUGUGUGACUGUGGGUAUUAAAAUUUGGGAAUAUGAAAUGUGGUCUAGAAAUGCCCAAGUGCAUUGUAACAGCACCUUUUCACAAUCACACAGUUUUAACUUUCAUUGCUGCUUUGGGAUUAGCCAUAUCUGAGCCAAAAUACACACAUACACACACGUGUGUGCGCGCAUGUUUCAGCUUAGGAGUACACUUGUUUGAUGACUUUGAAAUCCCAAAUCUCUGCAUAUUUCUUUAAUGUUUGACGUAUUAUUAAAAUGUUUUAUUAGUUAUGUCUUUAGUGUGUGAAGAGCAAAUAUUAGAGGCAGGAUCUUUCUUUGACUUUGUAGUAACUGUUUGGACUGACUGAUCACACUGGAAUACAAAAAACAAAAAAUUGUUUUAGAGAGAGAGUGAGAGAUUUGGGAAAGGUGUUGUACGACUGUACUAAGCUUACCUGAUUUCACACACUGUCAAAACUUUACUGUGUAUAAAGUUUGUCAUUAUUUAGUUAUUUUUUAUUUCUUUUUUGAUUGUCAAAAAUGUUGCAAGCAUAAAACUUGAAAUCACAUCUUAA